AUGGCUGCGUCACCAGAGGCCGUGCUGCAUCUGGCGGCUCUCCACACCCUUGCGCAAGCCGGGUUCGCGUCGACGUCGCGCGCAGCGUCGGUCACGCUGACCGGCGUGCUGCAACAAUACCUCUCGGUCGUCGCAGCAACAUGCACGGAACGGGCCGCCCUCGCUGGUCGAUCCAAGGUUGCCGCGGUCGAUGUUGUUCAUGCACUGGAGGAUAUGGGCGUCGGCGGUGUCUCUGAACUGCAGGAAUGGACAGCGGACUUGGACAAGGAGGUGUCGUUCAGCGGUGGCAAGCUGGAGGAGCUGUCCAGUAAGGCGCGAGUAUUGACCAUCGCUGACCAUCAGGUUACCUUCGCGACGGGUUGA